AUGGCAUUGCUCUCUCUCAACUACGAUGUCCUUAGCGAGAUUGUCGCGCAAACCGACGCGAAGUCAGCUCUCAAGCUUUCCAUGGCGUCACGGAAGGCAUACGACAUCGGUCUGCCACAAGCUCUCUCCUGCAUCACGCUUUCCCGUUCCCAACGACAAAUCAGUGCCUUCUGCCAAUUUGUCCUGGCAGAUCCGCAAAAUCGGCUGCCAUGUCUGCGCGAGCUAAUCAUCGAGAGCCCCGCAUUCGGAGUAGCGCGCCACAUCGAGUUCCAGAGGAACGCAGACUUCAGUGCGGCAGCAGAACUGGCAGAUGUUUUGGAGGGCGCUCAUCGCCUCAAAGUGCUCUCCAUAGCAUGCUUCGAGGAUCUCGUAGCGAAGGAGCCACGCGUCGGAAGCGCCGUCUGUGCGUUGCCGGACCUCACGGAUCUUGGCCUGCACAAUUGCGGCCAGGCAGCCAUAGCGCUCCUUCCAAGACUGCGUAGUAGCCCUCAUAAAGUUUCAAUAACGAUUCUAUUCGACAAGAAACUCCCCACCUUGUUCCAACGACUCGUCCACCUUCGCCAUCUCGAAUCGCUAGAGAUCUCAAACCUAGACGUCUCGGAUGGUUCCCAACCGCACGGAGAGAUUCACGAGCUUCCUAUCGUGCCUUCUGUGCACUCAUUCACUUUGAAGGGAAGCACGGCGAGGAUGUCACUGUUCGUGAAAGCCAUGCCUAAUUUGCGCGACCUUCACAUAUCAGAUGUCUACACCAAAGUGGAGGAGGACUCGGAUCACCUCAAGGAUGGGUGUUGGAUGCGUUUAGCGCAGCUUCGCGCCAAUGUCCCGGAUCUACGCUGUUGGAAAUUUGUCUAUCCUGUCGGCUGGCUGCAGCUGGGACUCACUGCGUAUCACUAUGACGAUGCUGUGAACACGGUGUCUCGCUGUUCACCCAUCGUGCUGUCGCUGCCUGUGGAGACAAAGGUGGAUGCGACAUUCUGGACGCGAUUAGUAACUGCCGCGCCUCGCCUCCGUCAUCUGGAAAUUUGUCUGGAUGAGGGCAAACUGCGCAAACUUAAUUGGUGGAUAGACAACAUUCCUCAAAUCUUGGGCACUCUGUCCAUAACGUCAUUAUUCAUAUGCGUGCGACAUACCCACUGGGUCGAUUCUCCCAUGGAGUGUCCAAAAUCUGACUGGCUAAAUGAUGCGAGCUGCCGAAGGCUGCAAGAGCACAUCCUCGCCUCGAUGCCAAGUCUGCAGUACGUCGCAUUAGCCAUAGCGACAAAGGGCGAGGACCCCUUCGAGUCGUCUUCGCGUAUCCACCCAAGCUGGUGGCGGAUCAGGAAUGAUUCGGGCAGGCGCAAAUGGGAGGCCAUGUCGUCAGACGUGGGCGAGCGGCUUCGAGAUCACCUCCUUCAGGCUCGAUUCAAUUCGUUGUCACAUGAAUAG